GUCCUCCUUGCCCAGUAAAGAGUAUACACGGCUUUGGCCUUCGGCAAGGGAGCAAGCCUGUGGGUGACCAGCUCGUGACGUCCCAUCGAUUUGGUGACGUUCACGAGUUGCCCAACCAAUGAGUUGAGCUCCUAAUGCCGCUGUACUGCAUAAUGACCGAAUGAUUGUGUUGGACCAACUGAACGAAGACACCUUCUUCUGUUUGGCAGCAGUCAGUCCGUAUAUAGGCAAUCCCUGCAUCAGCCGCAUUGUUUUGAAAACGAAUACCUUUGAGGAGGAGGCCUACCACUCUUGAAUUCUAUGAAUCCGCAAGUAAUGAAGGCUGCGAUUCUUGGCCUUAAUACUUCAGUGGAAGAUGGAGAAUUUGGUAUCUCAAGAGCUGGUAAUCCUAGAUCUUGUAGCCCCAGAGUGGUCAGUCCAAAGGUUGUCAGUCCUAGAAUUGGUAGCCCAAGAUUGGUAGCUAACGCAAGCUUCCUUGAACCAGCUGCUUCAAGAAGAUACGCCAAUGCAGUGAUGGGAACCAAUGCUAGGCAGAGGGCAGAGGUAGUGGAAUGGUUGAAUGGAAUGUUUCACUCGCUGAGAAUUCCAGCAGAUGCUUCUGAAGAAGAUUUGAGAAGGCGCUUGGUCGAUGGGACAGUCUUGUGUGGCCUUAUGAAGAAGCUCAACCCUGGCACUGCAUCGGAGGUGGAUGCAAAUGAGGAGCCGGAGUUCCCAAGGUCUGCUGCUGCUGUCUCUGCUAAGCAGCGUUCUGAAAAUGUUAAGAAGUUCCUUUUGGCGUUGGACGAACUUGGACUACCAACGUUUGAACCAGCAGAUUUAGAGCAGGGGCCGAUACCAGCAGUCAUAGAGUGCCUUCUGAGCCUUAAGGAUCACUAUGCCUCUGAUGCAAAAGGCCGUGGCCAGCAGCAGAGGAAGGCAGGUUCAGAGCUAGAAGGUUCAUUGGUAGAAAACUCUGCUCUUAAGGACCAAUCUAAUGGGCAGACUUUGAUACCGAACGGAGAGGAAAAGCAAAAGAAUUAUGCCGAUUCAAAAUUUCAGAAUAUCUUGAAAGGACCUGCCAUUUCAGAAACAGUUCCUUCUUGGCCACAUGCUGCACAAAAGUCGGACGUUUUUCAACCUAAUGAAGGCAGCCCUUCUGAAGUUAAAGUUCCUGGGAUGAUGAACCUGAACGGUUUAGACAAUGCUCCAACUCAGUCCCUUUUAGGCGUUGUGAAUGCAAUUCUGGGGGAAAAGCAGAAUGGGGAGGUUCCACCGCGAAUAGAAAUGUUGUUGAGGAAAGUAAUGCAAGAAAUUGAGCGGCGGAUGUCAACUCAAGGGGAACAUAUAAAAAAACUAAAACUUGCCCUUAGAGAGGUUCUUGCACGUGAAGAAAGGUUGGUUUCCAGAGCUGGGGUGCUUGAGACUCUUGCUACUGGAACAAGUGAGGAAAUUAAGAUUGUAACUGACCAGCUUCAGAAGAUAAAGACGGAAAAGGACAGUAUGGAGGAGAAAAGGAAACUUGAGGAGCAGGACGUGGUUAGACUGAUGAAGGAGAAGGAAGAGAUUGAAAAUGCAAUUUCACAUUUGAACCAAGAACUUGAAACCACCAGAAAAGCAUAUGAACAGCGUUGCUUGAACUUAGAAACACAAGGCAAAGAGGCUGUACAUGAACUGGAGGAGAAGGUGAAACAACUUGGGUGCUCCCUUGAGGAGUCCAAAAGGAAGUCAGAAGAGCUUGAGGCACUUUCAGAAUUAAAAUCUCAGAACUGGAAAUCAAAAGAACUUGGGUACAAACAGUUCGUUGAUAACCAGCUCCAGGCUCUUGGGGACUUAAAGUUGUCUUCUCAAGCUGCAAAGAAUGAAAUUCUUGAUGCAAGGAGAGGGUGGUUGGAAGAAAUCAAUAAGAUAGGUGUAAAUCUCAAAGGUUUGGCAGAGGCAGCUAAGAAUUAUCAGUUGGUUCUUGACGAAAACAGGAAACUCUACAAUGAAGUUCAAGAUCUAAAAGGAAAUAUUAGAGUAUACUGUAGAGUAAGGCCAUUCCUUCCUGGCGAGGCUCGAAAGCAGAGCAUAGUAGAAUAUGUUGGAGAAGAUGGUGAAUUACUUGUUUCAAAUCCUGCCAAACCAGGAAAAGAUGGUCAGCGCAUGUUCAAGUUCAACAAGGUCUAUGGCCAAACAGCUACUCAAGUGGAUGUAUUUAAGGACACUCAGCCACUAAUCCGCUCCAUUCUUGAUGGAUUCAACGUCUGCAUCUUCGCUUACGGUCAAACUGGUUCAGGGAAAACGUAUACCAUGACAGGACCAGAUCCACCAACAGAAGAAACAUGGGGAGUCAACUACCGAGCACUAAAUGACCUGUUCCUCAUUUCUCAAAAAAGGAAAACUACUUAUGCAUAUGAAGUUGGAGUUCAGAUGGUUGAAAUAUACAACGAACAAAUACGUGAUCUGCUUUCAAAUGAUGGUUCUCAGAAGAAACUUGGGAUUGCGAGCAUAUCACAAAAUAAUGGAUUGAGUGUCCCAGAUGCAACUAUGCGCCCAGUGGAAUCAACUGCUGAUGUAAUUGCUUUGAUGGAUAUGGGCCAGAUGAACAGGGCUGUAAGUUCGACAGCUAUGAAUGAGAGAAGCAGCCGCUCACACAGUGUCCUCACAGUUCAUGUUCGAGGUACUAACUUAGAGACUGGUGCUACCAUACGUGGAUCACUUCAUCUGGUAGAUCUUGCUGGAAGUGAAAGGGUGGAACGUUCCGAGGCUGUAGGUGACAGGCUCAAGGAAGCACAGCAUAUCAACAAAUCCCUGUCUGCUCUAGGGGAUGUUAUAUAUGCUCUGGCUUCAAAGAGCCCUCAUAUACCAUAUAGAAACAGCAAGCUUACUCAAAUCCUGCAGACUUCAUUAGGUGGUCAAGCCAAGACCCUCAUGUUUGUACAACUUAAUCCUGAUCCUGUGUCAUAUUCCGAGUCCAUGAGUACAUUGAAAUUUGCAGAAAGGGUAUCUGGGGUUGAAUUAGGAGCUGCAAAGAGCAACAAAGAGAGUAAAGAAGUUCGAGAUUUAAUGGAACAGGUGGCACAACUGAAAGAGCUUGUUUCAAGGAAAGACGCAGAAAUUGAACGGUUACAACUGCUCAAAGAUCAAAGGCCACGGCCUCCUGAGAUCAAUACAGAGAAGAGGAGCACAAUUUCUCCAAAGGUCACUUCACCUUUGUCUCCUAAUAGGUCAUCUCUUGGAGUCUCUGCUAAUCAAAGUCGAAGAUCUUCCACAGGAAAAGUAAGCAGAGUUCCAUCGAGCUCCGCUCUGGCAGACGCAACUAAAGGGCACAGAAAAGCAGUUUCUGAUUUGGACAAUUAUUCGGAGUACAGCAAUGGGGACUUGGAGGGCAGUUCUCUGCAACACUAUGAUGAUAUUAAGCAUCAGAAGGGUCAUAGCAGAGAAGCAAAACAAGGCGAGACUGAUGGCUCGUCUAGCAUAGUGGAGCUGACACUUUUCCCAGAAGCUGCUAAAAGUCCAAAUACCACAGAGAAGAAGCCAAGAGUCCCAGUGCGUGCAACUCCCCGUCCAUCAACAAAAACAGUGCAGCCAGUAUCUGCUCGGCCACAGUCUGGCACCAAGGAUUCUUCAAAGCCAACAACGACUUUGAGGAAAACAACUGUUAGCCAGUCAUCUGCAUCAACCGUGAAGUCCAGUAAAAGAUGGCAAGGAAGGUAGAUUCAUCAGUGGCUUGGGGAGAAAAAACCUUGUCUGCAAUUCUAGUCAGAGUCGAUUAACACAACUCAACCACGUGUUUGGCAAUCGCCGAAAAUGUUGGUCUAUCACUUGAUAGUCCUAUAUGCUGUUCCAUAUUUUGAGGCCAAUACAGCCCAUUUUGGAGCCCUGUAAUUUAAGUGUACCAUGCAUGCAUUUGUAAAAAAGCACAUGUAAAUUCUUGCGGUGCAUUUGCUGUCUGUUCGACUUCUUCUCCGUCUUCCCCAUGAGGGGCUGUUGGCCGCCCUGCUUCUAUGAGGCUUCUUGUUCUUGCCUCGGUUGCACUUCCCCAUUUUGUACUUACACGAGUGAUGUCUCCUUUUCACUGAUCUCUAUAUUUUCUUGUAUCUUAUCUUCA